UGGACGUCUCAACACUUCUUCUGUGUCUGUGGACGUUCAGUACGGCCCAAAGAACCCCUCAGUGUCAGUCAGUCCCUCUGGUGGAAUAGUGGAGGGCAGUUCAGUGACUCUGACCUGCAGCAGUGAUGCCAACCCUCCUGUGGACAAAUACACCUGGUACUUUCAAAAUGAGACUUUUCUAAAUGGAUGUGGACAGAUGUACAACAUCAGUAACUUCAGGUCUGAGGACAGUGGACAUUACCACUGUGAGGCCUGGAAUAGAAGAGGAUCUAGGAACUCUACAGCUCUGAUGAUCAUUUUACCAGGGAAACAAACCUCAGUUCAGACUGCAGCUGUAGGAAUCAUAGUGGUUGUUCUGGUUCUCAUCCUCUGUUUCUCUGGACUCAUGUGGUUCAGGAAGAAGGCCUCCAAAUCCACCUCUGACACAAGAGACACAUCAGAGAAUGUACAGGGAGACUCUAGUCCAGUGUAUGAAAACGUCUCAAGCAUGUCCACAGCCCCUACUGCAGCACAGACAGCAGCCACCGUCCACCAGGACGAUGUUCACUACUCCAGUGUCCACUUCUCUCGCUCCAAAAACCAGGAAGUGCCUCUGUACUCUACCGUCCAGAUGCCUCAGCCCCAGAAAGAGGAAGAGGAUGUCCAGUACGAUGCUGUGAAAUUCAACCUCCCCAGUGCUGCCAACCAACCCACGGCAGCACAAGCAGCUGAGGAGGACUCUUCUGAGAUCUAUAGUAGAGUCAACAAACCCAGAAGACCUGAACACAACAAACCCAGAACCAAAAAGACCUGAAUGCAACAAACCCAGAACCAAGAAGACCUGAACGCAACAAACCCAGAAACAAGAAGACCUGAACGCAACAAACCCAGAACCAAGAAGACCUGAACGCAACAAACCCAGAACCAAGAAGACCUGAACACAA